AGCCCUCGCACGAAACGAAGACCCAACACAGCCCAAAAUAAAUAAAUAAAUAAUCCUUCCCUCUACUUAAAAAAAAAAAAGUCAAGUUUGCAGGUUCUUCACUGGGGUCUGUUCUGGUGGCUGCCUCCCUCUAGCGUGCAACAGAAGGAUGACCUUAUUCUGUGAGAGGACAACUGUGAAGGAAGGAGCUGCGUGUGUGAAAGUCUGUGGGAAGAGAGAGCCACCUACAAUGUCCCCACCAAACCAGUCAGUGGGAGGCCUUCUGCAGGGAGCUCCCAACAGAUCCCUGAAUGCCACAGAAACUCCAGGGGCUUGGGAUCCAGGGACCCUCCAAGCCCUCAAGAUUUCUCUUGCUGUGGUCCUUUCCAUCAUCACACUGGCCACAGUCCUUUCCAUCGCCUUUGUGCUUACCACCAUCUUCCUGACCAGGAAGCUCCACACCCCGGCCAACUAUCUCAUUGGCUCCCUGGCCAUGACUGACCUCUUAGUUUCCACCUUGGUCAUGCCCAUCAGCAUCGCAUAUACCACCACCCACACCUGGAGCUUUGGCCAACUCCUGUGUGACAUCUGGCUGUCUUCUGACAUCACGUGCUGCACAGCCUCCAUCCUGCAUCUCUGUGUCAUUGCUCUGGACAGGUACUGGGCCAUCACUGAUGCCCUGGAGUACAGUAAACGCCGGACAGCAGGCCAUGCGGCCGCCACGAUUGCCAUCGUCUGGGCCAUCUCCAUCUGCAUCUCCAUCCCACCACUCUUUUGGCAGCAGGCUGAAGCUCAUGAAGAGAUGUCGGACUGCCUGGUGAACACUUCUCAGAUCUCCUACACCAUCUACUCCACCUGUGGGGCCUUCUACGUCCCGUCUGUGUUGCUCGUCAUCCUCUAUGGCCGGAUCUACACGGCCGCCCGGAACCGCAUCCUGAGUCCGCCAUCCCUCUACGGGAAGCGCUUUACCACAGCCCGUCUCGUCACAGGCUCUGCGGGGUCCUCGCUCUGCUCGCUCAUUCCCAGCCUUCACGAGGGGCACUCUCAUUCCGCCGGUUCCCUUCUCUUUUUUAACCACGUGAAGAUCAAGCUUGCGGAUAGUGUCCUGGAGCGCAAGAGGAUUUCUGCUGCCCGAGAGAGGAAAGCCACUAAAACCCUAGGGAUCAUUCUGGGGGCCUUUAUCAUCUGCUGGCUGCCCUUCUUUGUUGCAUCUCUGGUCCUCCCCAUCUGCCGGGACUCGUGCUGGAUCCACCUGGCCCUUUUUGACUUUUUCACCUGGCUAGGCUAUCUAAACUCCCUCAUCAAUCCAAUAAUCUAUACUGUGUUUAACGAAGAGUUUCGGCAAGCAUUUCAGAAAGUCGUCCAUUUCAGGAAAGCCUCUUAGUCUUGUUUGGUGGCGACUCGUUAUCUUUUAUGUCCUGUAACCCAACUGGAAUUGUCUUUUUUAUUUUUCCUGAGAGUUGGGUUAGUCCUGAUAUCUUGGGUGUUGGUUCAAUCAAUAGAAUUGUUCAGCGUU